AUGUCUGAUUCCGAGGGAAGUAACUUUUCCGGCAGUGGUUCCGAAGCCGGCAGUGUAGUGUCUAAUCGAUCACGUAGAAGUGCUGCAUCAAAUCAUUCAGCUAGGUCAGCCUCCCGUUCCAGAUCCCGUUCGCAGUCGGGCAGUCGAAGCCCUUCAAGAUCACCAUCGAGGUCGCGGUCUAGGUCCCGAUCACGCUCACGCUCACGCUCUCGUUCCAGGAGCCGCUCGGCUGGUUCCGAUGGUAGCCGCAAUAGAGAUGACGAAGCGAAAGAAGCCUCUGGGGAUGAAGAAGUUGAGGAUGAGCAAGAACCCGAGGGGGAUGACUUAGUAGAUUCUGAAGAGUAUGAUGAAGAUGAAGAAGAAGAAAGACGUAGAAAGAAACGCAAAAAGGACAGUCGUUAUGGCGGUUUCAUUAUUGAUGAAGCUGAGGUUGAUGACGAAGUCGAUGAAGAUGAUGAAUGGGAAGAAGGAGCACAAGAAAUGGGUAUUGUUGGUAACGAAGUUGACGAAAUCGGUCCAACUGCUAGGGAAAUUGAAGGGCGUCGCCGUGGAACUAAUCUCUGGGACUCACAGAAAGAGGAGGAAAUUGAGGAAUAUUUGAGGAACAAAUACGCUGAUGAAUCUGCAGCUCUCAGACACUUUGGUGAGGGUGGGGAAGAAAUGUCAGAUGAGAUCACCCAGCAAACAUUACUCCCAGGAAUAAAGGACCCGAAUUUAUGGAUGGUCAAAUGUCGAAUCGGUGAAGAAAAAUCCACUGUGCUGUUGCUUAUGAGGAAGUUCAUCACUUAUCAGAAUUCAGAGAAUCCUUUCAAAAUUAAAUCGGUCGUUGCGCCCGAGGGUGUAAAAGGAUACAUCUAUAUUGAGGCCUACAAACAACCACAUGUUAAAGCAAUUAUAGAAGACGUUGGCAAUCUAAGGAUGGGUAUUUACAAGCAAGAGAUGGUACCGAUUAAGGAAAUGACUGAUGUUUUGAGGGUCGUGAAGGAACAGUCUGGUCUAAAGCCGAAACAAUGGGUUCGGUUAAAGAGAGGUCUGUACAAGGAUGACAUUGCUCAAGUUGACUACGUGGAUCUAGCACAAAAUCAAGUGCAUCUCAAGUUAUUACCAAGAAUCGACUACACAAGACUCCGAGGAGCUUUAAGGACUGUGCAAAGUGAAAGCGAGGCGGCAAAACGUAAGAAGAAGCGCCGACCUGCGGCGAAACCGUUUGACCCCGAAGCUAUUCGUGCUAUCGGUGGAGAGGUGACCUCAGAUGGUGACUUCCUUAUAUUUGAGGGAAACAGAUAUUCUCGAAAGGGUUUCCUGUACAAAAACUUUACUAUGUCUGCUAUAUUAGCGGAGGGUGUAAAACCUACGUUGACUGAGCUGGAAAGAUUCGAGGAACAGCCCGAAGGCAUCGAUAUAGAACUCGCAGCGCCCGCCAAAGAUGACCCCACGAGUUUGCAUUCAUUCUCAAUGGGAGACAACGUUGAAGUUUGUUCUGGUGAUUUGGCCAAUCUCCAGGCUCGGAUCAUCGCGAUCGACGGUUCUAUGAUUACAGUUAUGCCAAAACAUGACGCUUUGAAAGACCCACUAGUUUUUAAACCUAACGAGUUACGAAAGUACUUCAAACAAGGAGAUCACGUGAAAGUACUAGCCGGCAGAUACGAAGGUGACACGGGCUUGAUCGUGAGAGUGGAGCCCCAUAGAGUCGUCUUAGUUUCCGACUUGACGAUGCACGAGCUCGAAGUGCUUCCGCGAGAUCUGCAACUGUGUUCCGACAUGGCGACGGGCGUGGAUUCGCUCGGACAGUUCCAGUGGGGCGACAUGGUGCUACUGGACGCUCAGACCGUGGGUGUCAUCGUUCGCUUAGAGAAGGAGAACUUCCACGUUCUGGGCAUGCAAGGGAAAGUUAUAGAAUGCAAGCCGCAAGCGUUGCAAAAGCGUAGAGAGAAUCGUUUCACAAUGGCUCUGGAUUCCGAACAGAACACCAUCCAGAAGAAAGACAUCGUCAAAGUUAUCGACGGCCCUCACGCCGGUCGCGAGGGCGAAAUAAAACACCUGUACAGGAACUUUGCCUUUCUGCAAUCGCGCAUGUACCUGGACAACGGCGGCAUAUUCGUGUGCAAGACCCGGCACCUGCAGCUGGCCGGCGGCGCCAAGAACAACGCGAGCGCAAAUGGGCUCGCGCUCGGCUUCAUGUCGCCGCGCAUCCAGUCGCCCAUGCACCCGUCGGGGCGCGGCGGCGGGCGCGGGCGCGGCGGGCGCGGCGGCCGCGGCGGCGCGGCGGCGCGCGACCGCGAGCUCAUCGGCGAGACCAUCAAGAUCACGGGCGGGCCCUACAAGGGCAACGUGGGUAUCGUGCGCGACGCCACCGGCAGCACGGCGCGCGUCGAGCUGCACGCCACCUGCCAGACCAUCAGCGUGGACCGCGGCCACAUCGCGGCGGCGGGCGCGGGCGCGGGGCGCGGCGCGGCGCCCGGCGCCUCCGCCUACGCGCGCACGCCGCUGCGCGCCGGCGCGCACACGCCCACGUACCGCGAAGGGCUGAAGACGCCGCUGCAGGGCGCGCAGACGCCGGUGUACGAGGCGGGCUCGCGCACGCCGCACUACGGCGCCAGCACGCCGGCGCACGAGGGCGCGCGCACGCCGGCGCACGGCGCGUGGGACGCGGCCGCGCACACGCCGCGCGCCGACCUGGACCUGUCGCUGGCGCUGGCGCUGCCGCCGGACGCGGCGUACGCGCAGGGGCCCUUCACGCCGCAGACGCCGGGCACCAUGUACGGGUCGGACCACACGUACAGCCCGUACCGGCCCAGCCCCGGCUACCUGUCGCCGGGCGGCUACUCGCCCGAGGAGGAGGACUGGCACGCGCCGGAGCUGGAGGUGCGCGUGCGCGGGGGCGAGGCGGGGCUGCGCGGGCAGGCGGGCGCGCUGCGCGGCGUGUCGGGCGCGCAGUGCGCCGUGUUCCUGCCGCUGGAGGACCGCGUGCUGAACCUGCCGGCGCACCAGCUGGAGCCCGUGGUGCCGCACGCCGGCGACCGCGUCAAGGUGAUCGCGGGCGAGGACCGCGACGCCGUGGGGCAGCUCAUCUCCAUCGAGAACCAGGAGGGCGUCGUCAAGUUCGGCGCCGACGACAUCAAGAUCAUGCAGCUGCGGCACCUCUGCAAGAUGGCCUCCGCC